AUGAGACCUGAGCUAACGGCUAAGUUGGACACUGCCAGGUACACGAACAAGUCUUCACCAGGAAUAAGCUUUGAUAGCAGGGGAGCUUUGAAGAAUGGUCUGCACUUGCCGGUUGAUCUCGAGAGGAAUCAGUUAAGGGUCGCUGCUCUACCCGUCAGACUUUGUAUCUCAUUCACCGUGGAGAGCGAAUUCAUCUCGAGAAUGGCUUUGAUUUGA